AACAUUCGAUAUGUUAUUCUAUCAAUAUGAUCUCUGGAAGUCACAGUUCAAUUUAGAUUGUGUACUGGAAUAAAUUAAAAUUCUCGCAUCGUGUUUGCAAGACCAAAUUACGAUUAUUAAUGACGUGCAGUUUCGUAUGCAUAUGCAUUUUCUUGUAAUCUGGGUGAGAUAAAAGAGUACGUAGAAUUCAAAAAAGAAGCAAUUCUUCACAAUCUGAUAUGGAGAAGAAGCCUGAAUCUUCGAAUAUCGAAAAUGCCUCCGAGUCCGACGAGAAAUCAUCGUCUUUAUCGAGGCACGAUGUUCCGGAGACAUCGAUCGUGCAGGCUUCACUAAAUAUGGAAGAUAAUAUUAAAGAACGCAUAGUAAUUCAUUUUAUGGUGGAAUCUGAAUCUUCGAAUACCAAAAACUUCUCCGAUGAGACAUUAUCGUCUUUUUUUACACUGAAGCAUGAUGCUCCGGAAACAUACAUCGAGAAGGCUUCAAAUUUAGAAGCUUAUGAUAGCCAACCUUCUCAAUCUGAUAUUACGGAGGAGCAACCCAAAUCUACAAAUGUGGAAAAAAACAAUGAGUUCGAUGGAAAAUCAUCGUCUCCCUCUAUAUUAAGUCAUGAUGUUCCGAAGACAUCCAUCGAGCAGAUUCCAUCGAAUCCAGAAGAUUUUAUUAGCCAACCUUCUCAAUCUGAUAUUACGGAGGAGCAACCCAAAUCUACAAAUGUGGAAAAAGACAAUGAGUUCGAUGAAAAAUCAUCGUCUCCCUCUAUACCAAGUCAUGAUGUUCCGAAAACAUCCAUCGAGGAAACUCUAUCAAAUCAAGAAGUUUUUAUUGGAAAUUCUUUACACUCUUAUUUUUUAUCUUGUCUGAAAAAGCAAAAUGAAUCUUCGAAUAUCGACAAUUCUUCUAAAUUCACGAAAUUAUCUAUGCCGAAUUAUUCAAGAAUUAUGGUGUCCUCCGAACUCUUUAAUGAUAAUCAAUUUUCGCAAGAAUGCAUUCAAAAGAAUAAAAGUGACAAUAAAUCGAAUGAAAAUCAGGAUGAGAGGGGAUUGUCUAAUUCGGAUUCAUAUGCUGCUAUAAAAGAACAACAGAUUACAUCAAAAUAUGACUUGAAGUUAAAAUUUUCAUGUCUACAAGAAUGCAAUGAGAAGAAUAAAAGUGAUACUAAAUCGACAGACAAUCAAUAUAAGAAAGAAGAAAAACAUCCUUUAAUCGUUGAUAAUACAAAGUUUCCUUUGGGACAGCUUUUUACAAGACCACCUCUUACGAAAGACGAUUUUAUGAAAAAUAUCUUUCCAAAACGUACAACAACUGGUGAGGCUCAAAAAGACGAUUUUGUGAAAGAUAUCCUUCCAAAACUUACAACAACUGGUGAGGCUGAAAAAGACGAAAAACCAAAGAAACUUCGAUGCAAAAUAAAAAGAAGACCAAAGAAUUCAUCAAAAUUUUCUCUUUCUUGUCUUUUCAGUUUUAUAAUCCCGUCCAUAUUGAUUCUAUCUCUAUGUAUAUUUCCAUAUUUAUAUAAAUUUUAUAUCCAUUCUGGACUUGUGCGUAUGGACAAAAACGAUAGCACCUUUGCGACUGCCGUUGUUGAAUUGGAGGAAGGAAUACUCAAUCACGAUGCAACCAUAGGAGCCUUGAGCGAAUACCUUGAGCGAGAUAAGCCUCUUUUAAAAGUAAUAGCUCUCAGCGGUGAUACAAGCGUCGACAAACCAUACACGGUGAACAUUAUAAAAAAGAGAUUGCGCAAUAAGGGAAGCACUAACGAUUGCUUAUCUUCGCUUCCGCGCUUUGUUGUCUUGGAGAAUUUGCAAGCAGAGCAUUCUACAGUUGUUACAGAUUAUAUGAAAACGUAUCAAGAAGAAUAUGGCAAUCGGGAGUUCCUUAUAUUGGCUGCUUAUAAAAUUGAGCAGAUCGAUAAUAAUUUGACGCAUGCCGACAUUAAUCACGUUAUAAAUACCGUAAAAGAUACUUUUAUCAAAGCAAAUAUUAUGGUAAAAAUUAUUCCCUUCACACCUUUGACCGAAGACAUAUUAGAAAAAUAUAUAUUAUAAACGCUGCGGAAAAUAACGUUGUCCCAAGAUCAAAUCGAUUAUAAUAAAUGACAUUUGAUCGAAGAUUUUAGCGAUUGCCAAAAAGGAUACGGAUUGCUAUAAAGAUCAUAUAUAAUUGCUUUCAAAACGACGAGACUGCUCAAAUUAUUAUAUUAUAUCUGACAUAACAAUAUUUUAUUAAAAAAAUGUAUAUUUUUUCCUAUUCAUACCUGAUUGUAACAAAUGUAUGAUUAAAAAUAAUUUACAGUAUUUUUGUGGUUUUAUAAAAUAUAUCGAACUGCAUUUUCUGAAUUAUAUCGUCAGCUCAUUAUUCUUAUUUGAUUUUAUAAUCUAAGAAAAAUUUUCUUUAAUUUUCUACUAAAAGCCUAUUUACAAAUUUUACAGUUAUAAUUCGUUGAUAUAAAUACGUGAUAACAUUUUUAUGCAUUAAUUUUAUAUGAAUUGUAUUAAAAAAGAACAGUGAUUUUCGCAAGAGAUAAUGUAUAAUGUGUAAUUGUUUAACAUAUGUCAAGAGCGCUCAAUCAGCGUGCUGUUUCGAAUGGUUAAACAAAUUCACAUUGAUUAACUUCCAACAUGAGUAAUAUCUCGGAUUGUUGCUAAAUUUUAUUUGAUAACUACAUUUGUAUUUUUAGACAAAUGACCGCGAUUAUUGCGUAUGUAAAAAUCUUCGUAAUGACACAUAAUGCUCAAUCAUUAAGCGUUACGCUACACUACUUUAAUAUACCACCGAUCGUUCUUAUACAACUGAAAAAUUGCUUUAAUUAGAACCAUGCAAAUAAAAUAAAUAAUUUAGCGUUAAAAAUUACACACAAUUACAAAUCUGUAUAGAUUGACUGACUGUUAAUUUAUUUUUAUUGAUAAUUGCUUAAAUAUUAGAUAUACGGUGUGAAAGACAAAUGCGAAUAUUAUUUAAAUAUUCUGUGUUAAUUGUAAUUUAGUCGUAUUAGCAUUUACAUGUAUGUUUUAUUAAAUAUGAUUUUUUGCAUAAA